AUGUCUGCUAGUGAUGAAGUUAUCGCCUCAUAUUCAGGCAACUCCUCUGACAAUGCACACGACCUCCGAAUCACAAGUCACGGAAAAAUUCGUGCGUGGGUUGAAUUCUCGCUCGACUUCCUCCAGAAAAAUCCAGAGAAGCCCUUGAGCUUACACACUUUGCCCGCCGCCAAAGGAAAGGCUCCCGCCCGGGGUGAAGCCACUGGGGGAGAGGUGCAACUAGAGGCGGCUACUUCCGCCACUCAGGACAAAAGUACCCGGAUGCACACAUCCACCUCUAUGAUUCCACGUCUUGUCUCUGUUGUGGAGAUAAUUAAGAGAGAAUAUCUCAAAACCUUAGAUCCGGCACUCUCAGACGCGGGGAAGCUCUCUGGACUUCAUCAAUAUAAUGAGGUUGACGCAUUAGAUGAUAUCGACUCCGGAGAUAGUAUUGAAACUGCCGAGGAGAAACGACAGAAAGAGUUAGCUGCUGUAUUAAGGGGUAAGAGGCAUCUGAGGCAGCACAAAAUCGCAUAUAUGAGGGUCACAUUAUGUCGCAGAGAGCUUCCUCACUUGCUCGCGAAGGGCGCAACAUAUCAAAAACCUCAGGUUCGCGCCCUUUCAAAGUCAGCAAGAGCACGCCUCAAGAAGAGACUCAGGAAACAGGACAUGGUUGAGUGA